UUAAUGAAACCUGGGAGACGGAAAGAUCUGUAAAUGCGUCUUUCUUUGUAUUUAAAAGCCUGCUUAUUUUCGCAUUACCGCGUUUAUUGUGGUAUACAGCAUGUUUCCAGAGAUGAUUAAAUAUCAUAAGAGGAUUUCUACGUGAUAUGAAACAUUUGGAAAGAAUUCUCGGCUCGACAGAGAGAAAUCUUUCACUGAUGGAGCCUAUAUAUGAGGAAACGGAUGUGAAGGUGACUGAGGAGGUGGAGAGCUGUUGUACGCUAGUGGCGCUCACUUCAUCCAAGAAGAAGAGAAGGACCAAAGGCACCACAGAACAUGCAGAGAAACCCAAAAAACCCAGGUCUGCCUACCUGCUGUAUUACUUUGACGUGCAUCAGAGGUUGCAGCAAGAGAAUCCUGACAUGCCCCAGUCUGAGAUCAACAAGCGCAUCAGCGACAGCUGGAAGAGGCUCAAUGUAGCUGAUAAAGGAUAUUACCUGGAGAGGGCCAAGAUGGAGAAAGAUGGCGUAGACCCAACCACACAGUCAUCAGCUUCUCAGGAUGUCCCAGGCUUCCGUAGAAUUCUGCCAAGAACUGACUACGUUCUCCUUUCAAAGACCUCAGUGGCGGAGGAGAGGACCGGGACUUCCAUGGACCUUUGUAUGGAUGGUGAUUCUCCUUUGGCUCUGGGUAGUGAGGUAGAACUGGUGGAGCAGUGUGUCACCAUGGAGCCUCUCGCUGACGACACGGUUUUAAGUAGAUCUGGAGCGCUCCAAGGCAUGGUGCCACAGUGUUCCACCUCAACUGGGCGACUUCUGACUUUCCCACAGCAUAGUCACCAGUCUACCAGUCUGGUGGUGAAGGAGGAUGGAGGUGGGGCAUCAGGCAGGGCUUUUGGCAGAGCAUAUGACAUGGAAGUGGAGGAGGGGUUUGAGGGUGUGACUGCAAUUUCACAGGUCAAAGCGGAUGCUACACAUCUGGUAGCCAUCAUACCCAGUAAUGAGCUGGUAGAAAACAAAGUCCUUCCUGCAGUCAGUCCUGUAGUGAUGCUCCCCUUGGUAAACCAGGCCAAACCAGAGCCCAAACCCUCCUUUAAACUGUCCAUAAAGUACACUAGGAGGGGUCGAGGCUAUUGUAGCACUCCUGGAUGCUCUUUCACCUACGUGACUCGCCAUAAACCUCCUCGAUGCCCUGACUGUGGACAGCACCUCGGUGGAAAGUGGGUUCCAUCUGCCGCCAAAAAAGCAGGAGCUGGUUCCAGCUCAUCUCCACAAAAACUGAAAGGUCAGGUUGAUGGUUCCAGGUCCAUGGCAGUGUCCUCCAAAGUGGCUAUUCAGAGCACUGUUAAGCCCUCUGACACGGUCACAGGACAAACACAAGCACCCAAGAGCAAAAAAAGUGACAAAACUGUGCUUCAUCCUAAAGUUAAGACUGAUGUUUCUGCACUCACAAAUGCCCCCGGAUCCUGGAGGAGAGAAAAGAUGGGUGUAGUUACAGUUUAUCAACCAGCCGGGGGCGACAAAGACUUAGAAAGCAUUCAGCUGUCAGGAUCAACGACUGUCAUUGGGUUAAGUGGUGGCUGUGUUCGCGUCAUUAGCAAAGAGACAGGACAGAAACGGCGCAUACGGGCUAUUCUUCCUGCUCCUGCCACCCCAAGUAUUUCAUCUCAACCUGCUGUUGUUCAGUGGAUUGCAGUGCCUCCAAGUAAGAUUAAUGGAGACACAAAAAUCACGACUAGAACAGUAAAGCCACAAAAUGAGAGGAUUUUGAGCUUGAAACCCAGCACACUGAAGCAGCUGGGUCACUCUGUACCUCCCAGUGCCUUAGAACAGAAACCACUUGCAGUCAACAGCAGCCAGUAUGUAGUGACUGAACGGGGAGUGAAGAUCCUCUCUAUGGUGCCUUUGAAGAAAAACUCAAGCUCUUCACUGGCUCUAGGCUUGUCUACAGCGCGGGGCAGGGGAAGAUGUAAAAACCCCUCCUGUAAUUACGUCUAUAAGAACAGGCACAAGCCGCAGUACUGUCCGAUUUGCGGCUGUGAACUCGCCACCAAAGCUACCAAGAAAGCCAAAGCAUCGUCUCUUGAGCCAGCAGAUAUGUCCACACGUCUGUUGGACCCAUCUCAACCUUUCACCCCAGGCCAGAGGGAGCUACAGCGUCAGUCCACUGUGACCCUGCUCAAACACAGCCUCCAGUUCCCCGAGAACGAAGCUGAGCUCCAGGACAUCCUGACGCACAUACACAACCUCAACCAAGCGCACAGUAAGACAGAUAAAGAGGACAGUGAAAAGGAUGAGGAGACGGACGGAGUGACGGAGGAGCACUGCGGUUCCCCACAGGAUGGCUGGCCGAGCUCGUACGAGCCGACAGCCACUCACUGCAGUCUGUGCAACUGUCCGCUUUACAGAGGAGGAGAGAGUUGUUCUAUAGCAGGUCAGCAGCAGUGUUGGUUAGUAACACAGGUUCUAUUGAAGCCAGUGUCUCUGCAGCUGAAGACGUGUCUGAACUCACAGUGUCUGGCUCUACACAGCUUCACCAGCCUCUACCCAGGUUUGUUUAAUGUGGGAAACCAGCUGCUGGUAAGUUUGGACUUGUUCUUUAAAAUCCGGAGUCAGAUCAAACAGGGUCAGGAUCCUUCGCUCGCAGCCCUCGACAUAAUCAACAACACACACUGUCCACCAGGUUGUGUGUUAAGUCCAGAUGAACACACGCGUGUGCAGGAGCUGUUGUGCAGUGGUUACUGGGCAUUCGAGUGUCUGACGGUGCGCGAUUUUAACGACAUGAUCUGCGGAAUCUGCGGCAUCGCACCUAAACUGGAAAUCGCACAACGCAAUACGAACGUCGUUCUCCAGCUGAAAAACGUGGAGUUCACAUGGCCGGAGUUCCAGGCGUCUGACGAGGUGCAGGUGGAGGAGUUCUGGCUGGCGAUGGAGAGCGAGGCUCUGGAGCAGGCAAUCUUUCCUUCCAGUGUCUCCAUCACACGCUUUGAUGCCUCCAUUAUUGCUCCCUUCUUUCCUGCACUGAUGAGGAGCUCCGUGGUCAUAAAUACAGAGAAGGACAAGAUCACCACCAACAUGGAACACACAGGAGACUUGUCCAUGUUGAUACGUUUAAUCCAUGACGGUCAUCUAAGACCAGAGCAGAUGGAGCAGCACACUGAGGAAGAGCUACGGUCUAUAUUGGAGCAAUGUGGUGUACCUCCAGUGCCACACAGCACCAAGGAUGAGUUGAUGGUGUCCGUGUGUUUGCUUUACACACAAGUACAAAAUGGGCUUUCGACAGCCCCCGAGCCUGCUGAACACCUCACUGCAGGAAAACUCAGCAAGGUGUGCCCUCACCAGGUGGUGUGUGGAUCUAAGUACCUGGUGCGUGGGGAGAGCGCUCGCGAUCAUGUGGACCUGCUUGUGUCCACUCGUUUCUGGCCACCCGUGUACAUAGCGGAAUGUGCUCAAAAGGUGGCGCUGUGCGCAGAAGCGCUGUACCCCGAGCUGGCGUCACAGAUGUGGGGGAGGAACCAGGGCUGCUUCUCUGAUCCCACGAGUCCUGUAGAGUAUGUCUCCUGUCCUGAGCUCCAGGACCAGCAGUACAGCAUGGACCUCUCAUCUGUGGACUCCAACUCCCAUGUUCACCCUUACACCAAGUCCUCCUCGCGCUAUAUACUGCACCCUGGUGAUCCUUCCCUCUCCUCAUCCUCGUCUUCUUCAUCAUACCCCCACCGUGCCCUGACUCUUUGUAAGGAGCUGCAGUCUUACUCCAAUCUGGUUGCAUCCAUGAGCAACAGUUUAGAAGAGAACGAGAAAAAGUCUGGGGAAAAAGCGAAGCAAAGGACGCUCGUGUUCAACAACGCAGCACAUUACUACCUCUACAACCGGCUAGUCGACUUUUUAAGCAGCCGGGACGUGGUGAGCCAGCAGAUGGCCGAGGUGCUCAGGGUGUGCCAGCAGGGCGAGGUGGUGAUGAUCCGAGAUGCCCUUUACAGGCUUGGAGUUGCGCAGCUUAACAGAGAAGAUGAGGAGAGGGAGCACAUGGGAGAGGAAGAAGAGGCAGAGGCAGAGGGAGACGCAGACGCUGUAGCUGUGGACGAUGUGGUGCUAGAAUAGAAUAGAUAUAGAGGCAUUUGUACUCAAACACUGUGAGAUUUUCAAGAAGAGGAUCUUCAAGAAUAAGUUAUAAUAUGAAAAUCUGAAACAGUAAUAUUUAUUGUCAGUAUGUGUGUAAACUCAGAAACUGUGGUCAUUUUCAUAUUAAAGAUAACCACUCAGA